AUGUCUCCAGUCAAACUGAAGAUCCGCCACUCCGAUUUGAAGAUCCGCCACUCCGAUCAAAGCAAUAUCUGCAGGGAUUUUGGCCAAGCCUAUGCAAAAACCUUCAAUGUGGUUAAUUAUGGAGCUAUUGGGAAUGGAUCUAUUGAAGACACUCAAGCUUUUCUUGACGCUUGGAAAGCUACGUGUAAUUCUUCAGAUUCUUCUCCUAUAAUGACGGUUCCUGGUGGCAACUCAUUUUUACUUCAACCUUUCACUUUGGACGGUAGCAAUUGCAAGUCUACAAGUAUUAGCAUUGUGAUUGAUGGAGAAUUGAUUGCACCAAAAAAUCCAUCAGCUUGGAAAUAUAAGGGAAAAGAAUGCCGCCAAUGGAUUUUAUUAAAGCAUAUGAAAGGUCUUGUAAUUAAAGGUUCUGGUACUAUCAAUGGUCGAGGAAAUACUUGGUGGCAUCUCUCUUGCAAAAAUAAAAAUAAAAGGUGUUGUAGAAGAAAACCAACGGGUCUAAUUUUGGAACAUUCAGAAAAGGUGCACAUAAAGGAUCUAGCUUUUAAAGAUAGUCCCCAAAUGCAUAUGGCCAUCGAAAGAUCAAAAUAUGUAUAUGUUAAAAACUUAAACAUUCAAGCACCAAGUGAGAGUCCUAACACGGAUGGAAUUCAUAUCCAACAUUCUCGGAAAAUCGUUAUUAGUAUGUCUAAUAUUCGCACAGGAGAUGAUUGUAUUUCAAUUGGGGAUGGUUCAUAUAGAAUCAACAUCUCUAGCAUUGCCUGUGGUCCGGGACAUGGCAUUAGUAUUGGAAGCCUUGGUAAACAUGGUGGACAUGAAACUGUUGAAUUUGUCAACGUGAAAGAUGUAAUUUUUACGGGUACAACCAAUGGAGCUAGAAUAAAAACGUGGCAGGGUGGGAGUGGAUAUGCAAGAAACAUCAAUUUUGAAGGCAUAAUUUCUCGUGGCUCAUCAAAUCCAAUCAUCAUCGAUCAAUUUUACUGUGACCACGAAAAGUGCAAAAAUCAGACUUCAGCAGUAAAAAUCAGCAACGUAGUGUACAGUAAAAUAUCAGGAACAUCAAGGAGUAAAAUUGCAGUAAAUCUUGCUUGCAGUGAGUCAGUCCCUUGUAGAAAUAUCUUUAUGAAAGAUAUUGAAUUGGGGUCUAUCCAUGAAGAUGAACAACAGAUCACAUCAUCUUAUUGUGGAAAUGUUGUUAAUGGACUUAUGGAUGGAACUGUAAUUCCCACUGUUCCUUGCUUAAACCCAAUGAGUACUCUUACUGUUCCAAUUUUAUAUGACAGUCGUUUCAACGAGAGAGAUAAUUACAUUAUUGAUUACAAAGUAGCUGAAAUUGAUUUUCAUGAUCAAAUGUCAUUCCUUGAGUUUCAACAAUUAGUAGUCGAUAAGAUAAGUAGUGUAGGAAAUUGUGGUAACGUUGAAAUUAUUGCGUGUGUUGGAUCUAAGGAUUUUAUUAAGAAGGAUUUGAAACUUAGAGAAGAUAAUGACAUUAGAUGGUUGUUCUAUCUGAUUUCUAGUGGUGAAAAUUUUGCUCAUUGA